AUGCGGCGGCCGGCGCUCAGGCUGCCACGCGGGGGGCCGCGUUGCUGCUCCGCGCAGGUGGCUGGAAGAGCUGAGGGUGGGUCUGCAGCACCACCGCGCGGGGAGGGCGCCGGUGUGCCGUGCUGCCGCCGCGGGGCCGCAGAGGAGGCGGGUAUCCAUGGCGGCGCAGAUCCGGAGAACGUAGGCGAUGGGGAGGGAAGGCGCGGUAGCGGGAAGAGGACGGGCAGAGCGGGGGCGGCGCUGGCAGAGGCGGAGAGGGAGCGUGGGGAAGGGAGGUUCCAGAGUACGGCGUGGGGAGGGAGGCCGGAGAGCGAGCGGCGGCGUGGCAGGCACUGA